AUGGCUGGUUUCAAUAUUAUCGACGAGCUGGUGAAGCAGGUCUUGCCUUUACGCGCCUCUGUCUACCUGGCGGGUGCUUCACUAGCCUUGGUGGUAUACGAUUGGUUCCUUACGUUUGAAGAGGAGAUCUCACUCAUCCUCCCGACACCAUGGACGACCGUCAAAACUCUUUACUACCUAGUACGCACGAUUAAAUCGCCAUCUUCAGCCCCUUACAAGAUGGAUAGAUACGAUGCACCACCCCCGCAGGCCUCAUCAUCGCCAACUACCGUAAAUCUUACUGGCUAUCGUGGACCUCUAACAGACGCAUUUUGCCGCAGCUGGAUAUGGCUGAUAUUCUGGUUUCAGCUCAUAAUUGUCAUGUCCAGCAGCUACUUGAUGCUGAGACGACUAUGCCCGCUGUAUGGCAAUAGGCGGGAGAUUACCAUCAGUCUGCACGCUGCUUUUGCCAUCACCUACGCUGUCGUCAUCGGACUCAGUAUCUUUGGAGCAAACGAGAUAUCGAAAACAAUGUACUAUUCCGCGCCAGUUGGCCUCUGCUCGACACUACAAAUGGAAAAAGGGAAACUCUCUGGUGCGGCGAUAUUUGUUGGACCACUCGCGUUUGAGUCCAUCGUCUUUGCCAUGACGGCAUGGAAAGCAUUUGUUUCGGUUAGGGGCAACAAGUCAAUAUACUCAUCUCCCCUACAUCAAAUCUUCUUCCGAGAUGGACUCAUCCAUUAUAUCGGUAUUAUGUUUGUACGACUGCUCAACAUCUUCAUCUUCUAUCGAAUGCCGGUCUCAUACAUGUACAUCGGCCUCUUCUUGCUAUGGGCGACUGUGUCAGUGUCGACCACUCGACUCUGUAUUAAUUUGCGAUCAAUUGCUCGUGGUGGGCAAGACAUGUGGUCCAAACGCGAAGCCCCCAUCCUCAGUCGGUUCGAAAUGCCACAGCGGACGACAGACGGAACCGCAUCGCUCAGAUACCACGAGGUUGUUAUCAACGUCGUGACAGAAGUUGCAUAA